CAGAGUCUCACAAAAGUCAUCACAUCAUCUAAAAAGCAAUUUUAGUUUUUCACGAAUUCCUUCCGAUUUCAACUGACUCCACAAAAAUGAAAUUUUUGGUCGCACUCGCAAUCUUAGCUUUGGUGGGAGCCACCAUUGCCAACUCCGUCGGCAGCUACUACGGUGGCUAUGGACUCGGUGGCUAUUAUGGUAACGGAUAUGGAUAUGGAAAUGGUUAUGGAUAUGGCUAUCCCGCUUAUAGUGGUUAUGGUUAUGGCAAUGGUCUGGGCUAUGGUUAUGGCAAUGGAUAUGGAUAUGCAAAGAGCUACGGUGGUCUUGGCUAUGGCUUAGGUAACUACGGAUACGGCAAUGGAUAUGGUUAUGGCGGUUUGGGAUACGGAAGAGGAUACUACGGAGGUCUUGGAUACGGAAAGUCAUAUGGUGGAUACUCAUCCCCAUACUAUGGUGGCUAUUACGGUGGAUAUGGUUCUUACUACAAGAAGUAAACUUAAUACUCAUUAAACAUUUCAUAUAAUAUUUGUAUAAAACUGUUGAGCAAACUGUUGAACACAAACAUCAAAAUUUAAAUUGCUGUUAAAAUGCUUUUUA